AUGUCAUCGAAACGUAGCCUCUCUCCGUCGGACUCGGAUGGCAGCUCCAAGCGACGUAGGCUAAGCGGGCCACAUCCUGAUUGUAUCCAAGAUGACAUCGUCUCUGUCGACAUGCUGGAGGCCAGGGACGACAACGAGGUCAUGGCGGUCAAGUCCUUUGCGCCCACACAUCAUGCCAACGCAAGGACCGGCAUCCAACGUUCAAUAGCUUUGGUUUUGAAACAUGACGGGUUUUCUUCUGCUACGCCGGAGGCCAUGGAGAGCUUCACAGCCCUCGUCGAGACGUAUCUCGAGUCCAUAAUUGAGGAGACUAAAAGAUUGGCUCUCUCUUCUCGCCGCGACCAUCCCGUACCUAUGGACUUUGAAGCUGUUUUACGGCGGUUUAACCUACCAGUUUCAUCACUGAAACCCCAUUUAAAGAAUCCAUUACCCGCCGAAGCCUACAUUCCAAGGUACAAAAGCGUUCAUGUAGCCGACGACGAUGCAUAUACGACUCUCCCCCUCCUUGGCCCUGAGCUUAGUGGUCAGCCCGACAAGAAAUCAAAAAGCUACAUCCCAUCCAACUUCCCUGACUUUCCUAGCCGCCACACCUAUAAGUUUACCCCACAAGAGGACACGAACGCGAGAGAUGCCCAGAAGACACGAGAAGAAGCGGCAAGAAUAGCGCAGCAAGGUGAAGAUGCCCUGCGUCGGCUGGUUCGGGCCUCCAAGAUGCGGAAGCAGAAGGAGGCCAAGAACUUGGUCGAAAAGGAUGUACAGGGAAAAGAACGGUUCCGGCUGUGGGAAUUAACCAUGAAACGCUUUAUGGGAGCUGAAAAUCGUGGGGAAAAUACGGACAAUGUUGAUAUUGCUGAUCAUAGCAUGAUUGUCAACGGCGACGCCGUGUUUUCGCGAAAGGAGGUUUCCCGGAUAGGCAAGCGAUUGACAGUAUUGCCUUCGAAAGGCAACUGA